UGAUGCGUUUUGGUUUUCGUUGGUUAUAGUUGGAAGUGAUCGAUCAUAGUUGUUGUUUACUUUUGAAAUAUCUUCUAAUUAAACAAAAUACAAUUUAAAGUCAAGCAGCUGUUUGUUAAUUUGAUCGAUACGGUUGAUUGAUCAUAUCACAAUAUCCUAUCUUAAUAGAAUUUGAUCUGAUUAUUGAAACAAAAUUUGUAAUAAUUUUUGGUUUGAUUGUUUGUUUAAUCUCUUCGAAAAAUUGAAUUACAACCACAACAAUGAAAUUUGAAGAUAUUCUUCAACAGAUUGGUGAUGAAAAUCGAUAUCAAAAUUUUUUGAUAAUAUUACUGCUAUUACCGACAUCAUUUUUUAAUGUAUUUUUUGAAGGGAUGUUUCUAUUAUCAACACCAGAUCAUUGGUGCCGUGUACCUGAAUUAGAACAUUUAUCAUUUGAGCAACAACAUUCAUUAAUACGACCAAUUGAUUUGAAUACUGGUAAACCAUCCAAUUGUGAACAUCAUGGUUUAAAAUAUUCCGAUCUAUUAAUGAAUAUUUCAACACUGGUAGAUCAACAAAAUGAUGCAUUCAAAUCAUUUAUUAUGAAUUCUACAUUACAAACAUCAACCAAAAUUGAAUGCAAUAAUGGCUGGAUUUAUGAUCAAUCAUUGUAUACUGAAACGGCUGUUACAUGGUUUAAUUUUGUAUGCGGUCGUAGUUAUUAUGUUAAUCUAAUCAUGUCAUUGACGGCAAUUGGUUUGGCUGUUAUGACUCCAUUAAUUGCAAAUCUAUCCGACAGCAUUGGACGUAGAAAAGCAUUGCUUAUUACAUUGAUUAUUGCCGAAAUGUCCUGUCUAUCACCGAUCAUAUUCAAAGAUAUUUAUUCAUUCAUUAUAACACGUUUUCUUGCUGGCGGUAUAUUAUGUGUUUACUAUCAAUUACCAUUUGUGAUAACUCAAGAAUUAGUUAGCCACAAAUAUCGCACACUAGCAUCAUGUUUAUCGGCAAUAUUCUAUUCAUUGGGUAGCUGUUCAUUAACAUUGGCAUUAAAAUUAACAGGAAAUUGGGUUACAUUUACAUGGGUACAAUUCAUAUUUACAUUAUUCUUUAUCGUUGCUUAUAAAUGGAUACCCGAAUCACCAUCAUGGUUGAUAUCGAAAAAACGUUAUGAUGAAGCUUAUGAACAAUUGGUCAGAAUUUGUCGAUUCAAUAAACGUAGUGUACCGGACGAUCUAAUGAUGAAUAUAAUGUCAUUAGAAAGUGAUGAAGAUAAACUAAAAUCAACAACAGAUAUGAAAGAGAAAAAUGAAGAUUCAUUUUUUGAUCUAUUUCUAAUGCCCGGUUUACGUGCAAAAACAUUAAUGAUAACUAUCGUAUUUUUAGCUUGUAUAAUUGGUUAUGGUGGCAUAAAUAGUAAUACGGUGAAUUUAGAGGCCAAUAAUCAACUAUAUAAUUAUCUAUUACUCUCAUUCAUUGAUUUACCAUCAUUAUUUAUUUGUUGGAAAUUGAUUAAUACACGAUUGGGAAGACGUUGGACCAAUGUUAUUACAAUGGCCAUUUGUUCAAUUGCACUUAUAUUGCCCGCUCUAAUUAAACGCCAAUAUGAUGAAUAUUUCUACACUGCUUGUACAAUGAUUGCUAAAUUCGGUGUUGCCGGUACAUUUAUGAUUAUCUACCAACAUUCAUCCGAAUUGUAUCCAACUACAUUACGUAAUCAAGGUUUAGGUAUAACAGCUACAAUCGGUUCGAUUGGUGGAAUUUUAACACCACAAAUAGUUUAUAUUGGAAAAUAUGGUGCAUGGAUACCAUUAUUUAUAAUAGGCAUAAUAUGUUUAAUAGCAUCAAUAAUAGCAUCAUUUUUACCUGAAACAUUAAAUGAAUAUCUACCACAACGCGCACAUGAAGCAGCCCAAUUUGGAUCGGAUAAAAAAUAUUUCAGUAUGGCCAAUCUAAAACCAGAACAUUCAAUGACAACAAUGAUGACAAUCAACAGCGAUGUUCAACCAACAAAAAUAAUUUCCAAUGAUAAUUCUAAUUUUAAUAAUCAUCAUUGACAGCCACAAACAUAGUUGGUUCAUUUUAAAAAAUUUGUCCUA